CCAGAAAUCGGGUAUGAGCGAAGUCUCGCGUGGAUAACUGAAGAGAUCAGUUCUCAGAGGAUCUAGUGUCCAUGUUACUCAGCAGCCGCAUCACCUGUGUAUAAUGUGGAGGACCCACCCACAAUACCAGCAGGUAUAAUGUACCUGCGUUCUCUCCUGGGGCGAGAGCUGUUGACUGAUGUGAACUAUGGCCUCCUGUGUUACCUGUGGAUGACUUGUAAUCAGACUGCAGGGAGAGAAAUUCAGCAGCUGCUACGUCAGAAACUUUGUGUGACUUUAUGCAUGUCUAGUGACCAAUCUAUUACGUACAGAUAUAUU